AUGCCCAGUCCCCCUCCUCAAUCCCCCGUAGUCCCCUCACCAAUCCACCCCCUCCCCCGCAUAACCGCCGAUCUCGCCACCAACGCCAAACGCAACCUAACCUCCGCCCAAGUCCACGGCGCCAAAACUCGCAAUGUCGAAUACCUCGUAGAUGCCCAGUUCCAGCACUGCACCGCCCUCAUCUCGAUCGGCGUCCAGAGCAAUUACACUCCGCUAAGUCGUCGCCGUCGCUGCCUGGGUCGAAAACCCUGUCUCAUGGAGGAAUACUGGGUCGAUGCCGAGUACGGGAUGACGGGGGAUAUCUAG